UUAUAUAGCUUCAAACCGCUCUCUAUAAAUUACGAGAUGGAACAAGCAGCAGAAACCUAGAAAUUAAGAAGAACAAAAGAAAGAUGGGAAGCCAACAGCAGGUUAUGAAAUCAAGAGUUGUCAAAGUGGUUUCCUCUGAGUCGUGGGAACUUAUGGUAACUGAAGCCAAAAAGCAAGGCUGCCCUAUUGUGGUUCAUUUUACGGCUGCCUGGUGCUUUCCUUCGGUUGCUAUGAACCCAUUUUUCGAAGAAGUGGCGAUGGUUUAUCAGGAUGCUUUGUUUCUGUUGGUUGAUGUUGAUGAAGUCAAGGAAGUAGCAAGCAAGCUGGAUAUAAAAGCCAUGCCCACAUUUUUGCUGAUGAGGGAGGGGGCCCGAGUAGAUAAGCUUGUAGGUGCCAAUCCAGGAGAGAUAAGGAGAAAGAUAGAUGCCUUUGUUCAGUCCAUUCGUUCUCGUUCCUGCAAAGCUUACUAAGCUAGUUGUUCAAGUAUGGAGAUGCAUGCAGAAUUGCAGAGCAGAUUGUACAUACUAAAAUUCAAAAAAAAAAAAAAAAACAAUAAUAAUGUGUUUCUUCUGUGUUUGUCUAGCUUAGACUUCAGAAGUUGAGAUGUCACGUUGGUUGGUGGAGUUGUUUCUCAAUCUGAAAUAGUAGGUUGGUUUUGAAUUAGUUUCUCAAUCUGUGUUGUAAAUGAUUCAUGAAGGACUGAUGUUGGAUACUUCAUACUUGCUCUAAAAUCUAAAACAGGGGAUGAUAAGA